CGUCUGCUACCUUGACAACUUGUAACAUAACGAGGCGCAGCUGCGGUACUCGAGACCGGGUCGAACAGCUCAGCACACAAAUGGCCCCGGUGCUCGAGGAGUGAAGCAUGGGCUCCGCGGCAUCGCAGUCAUGGCCGGAUCCACCACCAGAACUACCGAGGACGGGGGUUCCCGUGUGACCGCCUCCACGGACCGCGCGGAGGUUCGGGACCUGGCCGAGCCCUGGGAGCUGUCCCUGGAGGAGGUGCUGAAGUCCUACGAGCAGCCCAUCAACGAGGAGCAGGCAUGGGCCGUGUGCUAUCAGUGCUGCAGCGGACUCCGGGUGCCCCGCCCGCCGCCCGGGAGAGCCAGCCGGGUGAAGGACCCGUCCGCCAUCCUCCUCCACAGAGAUGGGACCGUUUCGUUACGGGAGGAACCCCGACGCGACGAUUUCUCUGACGGGCCUCCUCUGCCUCCCAUUGCAGAGAGACAGCUGGUCCAGUCUCUCGGAGUGGCCAUCUACCGAGCUCUGGACUGGGGACUGGACGACAGCGAGGAGCGGGAGCUUAGUCCGAUGCUGGAGCACCUCAUCGAGAGAAUGGCCAGCGAAGACUCAGGUGAAGAGGGAACCAGCACUACUGGGAAUGGCACCGCUGAUGAGGGCUACAGCGGACAGGAGGAGGAGGAAGAGGAGGAGCAGGAAGAGGGAGCAACUGGGCUGGUUUGUACGUUCCAUCAGGUGAUGGUACUCUGUUCGUCUCGUCUGGCCAACCCGAGUCUGGCUCCUGUACACUACCAGGCCGUCUGCCGAGCUCUGUUUGUAGAGACGCUGGAGCUGCAGACCUUCCUGAUUAAGAUCCGAGACGCAAAGGAGAUGCUGAAGAAGAUUUCCAACGAGGAGUCUCUGGAGGACAGAUCUACAGCCGAACUGGACACGCUGAAACAUAAAGACUGGGCUCGUCUGUGGGUGCAGCUGAUGAAGGAGCUCAGGCAGGGGGUGAAGCUGAAGAAGGUCCAGGAGCAACCCUUCAACCCGCUGCCCACCGAGUUCAGCCUCACGCCGUUCGAGAUGCUGAUGCAGGACAUCCGAGCUCGCAAGUUCCAGCUACGCAAAGUCAUGGUGGAUGGGGACAUUCCCAUGAGGGUAAAGAGAAACGCUCAUGAGCUGAUACUGGACUUCAUCAGAUCCAGACCUCCACUUAAACCAGUUUCUGAGCGCAGCCUUCCCCCUCCUCCGCCUCAGCAGCAGUCGCUCCAUGACCGGAUUCUGGAAGAGAUCAAGCAGGAGAGGAAGCUGAGACCCGUGGCGCCACACAGCAGCAGACCGUUUGGCUCGCUGCCCUGUCUGGCUCAGACGUGUCCUUGCAAUGUCAAAUCUACGUCAUGCAUCGACCUGUCUGUGGCAGAGCCCGGACCCCGGCCGCCGUCCCGCCCUCGCAUCCUGCUCAAGGCCCCAACGCUGGCUGAGAUGGAGGAGAUGAACAUAUCUGAGGAGGAAGAAUCUCCAGAUAACGGGGAGCCGAGGCAAACUGAGAGCUCCCCUACACCUCUAAAGAGAGACCGGUCCUUCUCGGAGCAGGACCUCGCCUUACUUCGAGAGGAGAGGCUUCCCUCUCUGUCUGAGUCGACCCAGCUGGGCGAGACAAUCACGCUGCGGGAUGUGAGACCUCGGUCCAGGACGCUGGCCGGCACCGGACUGCCUUCUUAUUACAGAGCUUCCUUCCCAGUUCACGGCUGGGCGCCGUCGUCUCCCGCCCGCCUGUCUCUGAGCUCAGUGGACGAGACCACAGAGGGACCCGGAUCUACGACGGGCUCCAGAACUGCCGAGCAGUGGAUGGAGGAGUUCAGCCAUCCUGUAGAGAGUCUUGCCCUCACAGUUGAUGAGGUCAUCAAUGUGCGACGAGUUCUGGUCAAAGCAGAGAUGGAGAAAUUUAUCCAGAGCAAAGAACUCUAUAAUAAUCUGAAGAAAGGAAAGGUCUGCUGCUGCUGCAGAAUCAAGUUUCCUCUUUUCUCGUGGCCAUCGACAUGUGUACUGUGUAAAAGGUCUGUCUGUGGCUCCUGCAGUGCAAAGAUGAAGAUUCCCUCUAAGAAGAUGGCCCAUAUUCCUGUCUACACCGUGGGCUUCCAUAACACACCAAAAAGUCACGGGCACAAAAGUCAAGUCUACAAAUCCCUGCGAACGUUGUCCCGUCGCUCAGUGGAGGAAGAGUUCCCACAUCUGUACGCCAACGGCUGCACGCUGCGUGACAUCUGUGCUGAAUGCACCAAGUUUGUGGCUGAUGUCAUUUCCUCCAGCCGCCGGAGCCUGGACAUCCUCAACAACACUCCCAAGAAGGAGGCCAAAGGUGUUGCCACUCCGAAGCCACAGCUGCAGCGUCAGUCCAACUUCGAGGCUCUUCCUCAGCCAAAUCCCUCCCCAUCCGUACAACGUCCUCCUCAGCGUCAGCACCAUCGGCUUCACGCGUCAUCGCCAUCCCCUUCUUCAGCGCAGCUCCACCGCACCUAGACGAUCAAUACUGUGAACCAGCGUGUGGACUAGAUAGACUUUGCCUUGCACUGAACACACUGUGUGCACACGUAGGUUUGUGGUUCUUGUGGGUUCUUAGACAACACAAGUUUCAGAUUUAUCUGACUGAUUCAAAUAAACAGCUUUGAAAUCUAUAA